UUGAAAUUUGAAUGUUAUUGUUGUCAGUUGACGUUAUCGUGUCGUUCCAAAUUAUUUCGCUUUAGUUUUUAAUAUACACUUACUGUUUAUGGAAAAUAAUUGUUAUUGAUAAUGUCCGUGGAACAGCUGUUCGCUUGGUUGGAUGAUUUGAGCAAAUCCAGGGCGAAGACCAUUGAAGUCACGGAAUGCCUGCAAGAAAUUGCCGAACUAACGACAAAGACCGGGUUGGACAAAUUACUGCUGGACAGCCUUUGGCGGAAAGUGCUCUCAUUACCGAGACCGAGCCUUUGCACUCAGGGAAUUUAUCUGGCGAUACCCAACGAUGGAGUUCUUCCAGACACAAUCGACUUCCUCCUGGCAUGGGUAAUUGAUGCAAUAAAAACCGAUUCGAAUAACGCAGCGGCUGUUAAAGGAGUUCUACAAUGGCUCACUUGUGCAGUUUAUUGCAAGAUAAUUUCAGCGAAGGAUUUACAGCAUGGCUACUAUUCACUUCUUUUAUGCCUUCAAACUCCAGGAUUUGCAUGCGAAAUCUGUCAUUUAUUGUACUAUCUAACGAAGCCUUACUUAAUAACACCCUUCACAGUGAAAUAUUUACUUUCCGUGAGAUUUCCCAAGAAAAACUACUGCCAUGCUGCUCUUGUUUCACUUUACAAAAGACUGAAACCUCACCUUAUUGAUCAAUCCUUUAUUGCAUAUGCGAACGACCUUGAACUAUUACCAGUGCUCCCUCGCAAGAUCUUGGAUUGCUUCAAUAUUGCUAGAGGUAAGCGGAAAUCUUGGACUAAUAAGAAGCGAUGUCGCUAUCCUAACUGGCAACUACAGACAAUUGCAUAUAAAAAACGCAAGCUAGGAAAUAUUAUUUACAUUUCGGAAAUGACCUUGCCCGACGCCAUUCUUGAGUCUAGAAACUCGAAAGUGUUUAUUGGCGGAUCAGUUUUCGAUUCAUUCUUAAUGAAUCCCUACGGAUUCAUAUUCCUCGCCAUGGCUGAUACAGAAUUGCAUGAUUGGAUGCUGAUAUAUAUUGAAAAAGAAUUGGAAGCCAAACAAACAUUAGUUUUUCGGCGGGAAACCGAAGAAUUCGCUUCUCUUUUAACAAAUUUGACGAAGUUGCAGAAGGUGUAUGGCCAGGCGAUAGCACCCAUUGAUCGAUUUAUGAAGAAAAACUUUUGUAAAUGGAAUGGAAUACUAUAUUCAAAGCAGAUGUUUGGACUAUUAAGCGACAUUACAAUAUCCGAUUACAAAGAAGUCUUCGAUAGUAUUUUAACGCCAUUGUACCAUCUAAACAUGAAAUUCAAAGACAAACAGUUCUCGAAGCAGACGAUAAGAAGUUUGGCAAAGUGCUUCCUAAAUAAUAUUAAUAGACUGAAUAAGGAGGAAUACAUCCUGCACUCAUCCGAAUCCUUCAAUCCUUGUAUAGAUGCACUUAAACAAUUUGAAAAUAGCUUCCAGCACUUAUGCAUUCUUUUCAUGAACAUGUAUGCCGAAAAUGCUGAAAUCCUCCAUGAAAUCGCGGAUAGUUACAUUAUUCUUUCUUCGGCGGUUCAAUCAUGGGAAAACUAUGACCAAGAAGUAUUACCUUCUGGUAUCUUAAACCGAAUGCUCAUUAAUUCCGAUUUCGCACUCAUCAACAAAUUCUGCAGAAUUUUAGUAACGCAUAUAGAGCGCGAGGGAAGGGAAGGGGCGCUGGAAAACGAUCUUCCCUCAGAGCCUGUACGCAACCAAUUGGAGCAAUUCUUAAAUAUUCUCUUCAAAAAUAUCCUAAUUUCGUCAAUCUUCGAAACAGACAACUUUAAAGCUAUUGACGAACAGAUUGGAAAAUUCGAAAAUGUUCGAAAAGAUUUCCGAUCAAGAAACAACUUAACUUUCAUGCCAUUGGUUCGAGUGGACAACGAAGGGAAAUUCCAUCCAACAUCCGAUAUGGACGUUUAUAAGCAGAUGACUCGUGAUCAUUGUGAAUAUUUUGCAGCCCUAAUUCUGCCUGUUUAGUUGAUAGUGAAUAUAGUGAAGAUUAAAAUAAUGCAUAGCGACAAAUGAACUUUUUAUUGAACAUGAGUUACAAAUUAAGCACGAAGGUACUAAUUGGAAGUGAUUUUGCCCUCGAAAGCUGCUGUGAGUAACGGGCAUUCGCUAAUCUAUCUCGCUGAAUUGCGCUUGGCUGCGAGCUGCAUUCAUUAGCGCUAAUCUUGCAUAAUUUUUUUAUGGUUGUGGAAUAUUUGCAAGUUUAAUAGGUCAAUUUUUAUGUAACAAAAUGAAUGAGGUAAUAAGUGUCAGCGGUCUAAUGUUUUAGCGAUUUUAUUCGGGUUCACUGAAUGGGUAUGUAGACGUGACGAAAACACGUCCGAAGUUGGAGAAAAGAAAAAGUUUGAGGCAUGUUCAUGCACCGCUGCACUCAUACCUUGAA